AUGUCCAAACCCUUAAACAGCACCGCAAAGGCGGCCACCGGCAACGGCAACGGCAGACCCCCCGUCGCCCCAGACCUCAACCAAGUCCUCAACUCCAUCUCCCUCUCCGUGUCCAAGCAUCGCGGGUUAUUAGCUUCUCUUUCCAAGCAUCGCCCUUCUUCACCUUCCAACACUCUCAACACUUCCGUGAGCAACAGCAAGCCAAAGUCGGGUGGAUUUUCUGCUAUUUUACAACAAAAAUCUGGUACGACCACACCCGCGGAAAAGGAGGAUGACGCAAAAGAAGACGAUGAGCAACGGAGGGUACCAGAUCACGAAGAGGAGAUAAGAUCCAUCCUUAACCAACCACCUAAUUCUGGACUGGGGUGGGUUCCUCCCAAGUCUGAGAACGGCUUCGACAAGCUUGCUGGAGGAGGGGCGAUGGGGAGUAAAGAGGAGAGGGAGUUGAGGAGGAAGAUGGGGUUGAAGUGGCAGGGUGGACUGAAUGGACUGAAUGGAAUGAAGAGGAAGAAGAUAGAGCUGGAAGAAAGUGAGAGUGAGGAGGAGGUGGGUAGGGCGGGGGCUGUUAGGGCUAGGGGAAAGAGGAGGGGUGUGGUUUCUGCUGCUGCGGCGGCUGAUAUGGGUGGAGGGAAGGCCGCGAAGGGUGCAGGGAGGGGAAGGGGAGCUGCUGAUGAGGCGAAGGGGAGGGGAGCUGUGCCUGUGCCUGUUCCUAUUUCUCACAACAAGGUCCAAGAUGAGGAAGGCGGAAAACCUGCUCCUGCGGACAAACCAACGACGACGACAGAUGACCAGCAGCAUCAACCAGACGCAGACUCAGGCGCAGUAGCAAGUGCAGCAAGCGCAGUGCAGGAAACAAAGCCAACGAUAGCCACUCUGCCAACAGGAGAGACUUCCAAAUCUGAAGGCGAAACUGCUGGCACAGCUGGUACUGCUGGUACUGCAACAGCAGAAGUGGCGGCAGCAGCAGCCAAGAAAAAGAAGGAAAACGAGAACAGGAAAAAGAAGAAGAAUAAGAAGAAGAACAGGAGAAAGGCUGACGGUGGGGAGGGAGCGACCGUCGAUGGGAAGGAGGCCGAGAUGGGGAAUGGCGGUGGUGGUGAAGAGUCAGAGUAA